AUGAAUGUGUUACAAGAAUUGUAUGCAUCUGAUUAUUCUAGUGACGAGGAUUCUGAAUCAGUAAAACAUAUUGAGAUAGAAGAAGAAAAAGAAAAAGAAAAAGAUCAUAACACGUCUACAACAAAAAAAGAGACAAUUCCCUCGUCAAUCACUUCUAAAUAUCAUUUCCCACCUUCACUCAAUUAUAUUAACCAUAAAAAUUGCGAUAAUAUGAGACAAAGGACCGUAUGGAGUACUUUCAUAUAUUUAGAAUGGCGAAUAGCAAAAUCUGAACGGAUAAGAUUACAUUCAUUAAUAAACCAGGUUUGUAAAGACAAAAAUCUCCCUUACUCUUUCACCCCUGCAUUUUUCUCAGAUUUAGGAGCUCCAUUACCAUUGCAUGUUUCUUUAACGAGAAACAUCGAAUUCCAUUCCAUUGAGCAACGUGACUUGCUCAAGGCAUCUUUGGAAAAACAUAUGCAUUCCAUUGAACCAUUCACUUUAGAAUUUCUCCCACUGUUCGAAUUGUAUAGAGCUCAUUACCGUUCUGGUUUAUUUAUAGGAUUUCCUGUCAGUUUUGAUUGUAAAGUAAAACAAAUAGAACCCCUAAUAAACCAGAUCGGCCAUGCGAUGAAAGAUGUGAACAUACUAGAUUAUAGUAAAUAUCUGAUUAACCCUUCCACAGCUCACGUUUCCUUAGGACAAGCAUUAAACCUUAGCCAAUCUAAAUUAGAAGAAUACAUGACUGCAUUCACGUCUUCCAAUAAAGCCUUUAUCGUUGACCCACGUAAAGACACUUAUCUAUCAAUUCCCAUCAAAACAGUGUGCAUGGACCAGGGACGCCAAAAGAUAUCUUUCUACAUGACUCCAAAGUCAUCCUCUUCUAAGUCACCAAGUUGA